AGUUCCCUAUGUUGUCAACGGCUGGCCCGCUGUCAGUGUCAGUCCUCAAGGUUUAUUGCGCGGGUCAGUGAGCGCCCCAGUCUGUUAGACAAUUGGAUUAGAACAACGAGCCCUUUCAAAGGAACCGCAAGUCCAACGACUCCUCCUCCGUCACGCCACCCUCCCAUCACUGACCUUGUCCUGAGAUUACCGUUUGUCGCUAAACGCUGUGGUUGACGAACAAACCAUUUAUACUGUAGGUUUACCUCAUCAUCAGCAAUGAACAAUUCAUCCUCAAACAAAUGCAGUUACAAAUAUGAGGAUUACAGGGAAACAGCUGAUUGGUUGCUGUCCCAGACUGAGCAGAGGCCUAAAGUAGCCAUCAUCUGUGGCUCUGGCCUGGGCGGCCUGGCUGACUUGCUGGACAACAAGACUGUGUUUCCCUACAAGGACAUCCCAUGCUUCCCCAACAGCACAGUACAAGGACAUGCCAGUCAGCUGGUCUUUGGGGAGCUGCAGGGGAAGCAGUGUGUCUGCAUGCAGGGCCGCUUCCACUUCUACGAAGGCUACAACAUUGCCACACUGACAUACCCGGUGCGAGUGUUCUUCCUGCUCGGGGUGGAGACCCUGAUUGUCACUAAUGCUGCUGGGGGACUGAACCCCAACUUUAAAGUGGGUGACAUCAUGCUGAUCAAGGAUCACAUCAACAUGCCAGGCUUUGCAGGCCAGAACCCACUGUGUGGUCACAACGAUGAAAGGUUUGGAGUGCGUUUUCCCUGCAUGUCGGACGCCUAUGAUAAAGACCUUUCUAUAAUGGCCAAAGAGACUGCUGAGGAGCAGGGCUGUUCCUCCUUCAUCCAGCAAGGCGUGUACUGCAUGCUGGCAGGUCCCAACUUUGAGACCAUCGCAGAGUGCAGAGCUCUCCAGAAACUAGGCGCAGAUGCUGUGGGUAUGAGUACAGUCCCUGAGGUGGUGGUGGCUCGUCACUGUGGUCUUCGUGUCCUUGGCCUGUCUCUCAUCACCAACAAGGUGGUCACAGACUACGACAGCCAGGAGAAGGCCAACCAUGAGGAGGUACUGGAGACCACAGGAAUGCGCACUCAGGACCUACAGAGGUUGAUCAGUAACCUGCUGGCUAAGAUGUAGAUCAGCCCCAGUCUGUCUGUGUUAACUGCCCAGGAACAUAGCUACUGUAAGGUGAUGUUAUACAAAAAGCACAGAUGCAUAUAUGCUACUUCAGUUUGAUUUGACAUCUUAUAGGCUGGGAUUUGUCUUCAUCAUGUAAUCUCUAAACUGAAGCACUGUAAAGAGGCAUACUAACCAAACUCACCUCUUCGAAAAGGGGUUGUCCAUAUGCCUAUAAAAGUAAUGUAAUGACCAGGAAAAAAAAGAUAGGAGAUAGUACAGACUUGAAAAUAAUAUAUUCCUUUGAAUUAAAACAAAACUGAAAAUGCAUCACACUGAAGUGUUAGAUAUGUAGCCUUCAUGUACAUUAAUGUAUUGCACAAUUAUUAAGUACAAAUUAAUCUCAUGGUCAAUGUGAACAUGGGAUCAAGCACUGAAAGAUAAAUCAAUGGUCUGUAUGUCACGUGGACCAACAAUCAUUGUGUUGUCGCUCAUUAGUAAAGAUUAAUAAUGUAUAUUUCUUCCUUGGUAGACUUAUUAUUCUACCUUUCUAGAAUCCGACUGCUCCUUGAUGGAGAGAUCACCAAAACUCAUCAUGGUUAUAAGAAUAAUCACAUUUAUCAGAGUGAUGAAAAGUAAAACAUUUUUAAAAACCUCAAACAUACACUGAGUAUACAAAACAUUAGGAACACCUUCCUCAUAUUGAGUUGGGGCAGGAUUCUACAAGGUGUUUAAAGCGUUCCACAGGGAUGCUGGCCCAUGUUGACUCCAAUGCUUUCCACAGUUGUGUCUAGUUGGCUGGAUGUCCUUUGGGUGGUGGAUCAUUCUUUAUACACAUGAGAAACCUUUGAGCGUGAAAAACCCAUCAGUCUUACAGUUCUUGACACAAACCGGUGCGCCUGUCAUCUACUACCAUACCCCACUCAAAGGCACUUAAAUCUUUUGUCUUGGCCAUUCACCCUAUGAAUGGCACACAUACACAAUCCAUGUCUCAAUUGUCUCAAAUCCUUCUUUAACCUGUCUCCUUCCCUUCAUCUACACUGAUUGAAGUGGAGUUAACAAGUGACCUCAAUAAGGGAUCGUAGCAUUCACCUGGAUUCACCUGGUCAUUGUAUGUCAUGGAAAGAGCAGGUGUCCUUAAUGUUUUGUAUACUCAGUGUAUAUUGGGGGACAGUUAUUUUCAUAGUCAUAAAAAGGAGACUGUUGAUGUCAAAUGUUUUUCACAGUUGAGGAGUAGUAAUGUACUGUAUGUAGGAGAUUCACUUCUUUACUUUAAUUUCAGUUGUCCUAAAAUCAAAUGUAUUUUCACAUAAUAUACUGUUUUAAAAUAAAACUAGCAAAUUACAAUUCUAAAA